UCAGGGGCAGGCCCUGGCCGGAGUGGGAGAAUACGUGUACAGAAGCAAUUGUGAGGACGAAGCAAAAAGGGCGUGGAGGCAGCAAUCUGCGAGUCGAGUUCGGAAUUCAGGCGUCUUAAUUCCUGCGGUGAUAGUGUCGUAUAUUUAUGAUAAUGAUUUUCGAUUGAAUGAAAACCCCCCCUUCCCUCCUUUCUCUCACCCUUGACUCAGCACUCCUUAAUCUAUCCGACAUACCCGAUCUUACCCCUAUCCCUGACCACAUCCUCCUCGACCUCUUCCUGAGAAUAUUGAAGGCUGGAAAGCUGACUGAGAAAGUUCUGAGACUUUUCGUGGCAACUGGUAAGGAGGAAGUCAUCGCAUUUAUUCAGGCACUCAACGUCCAGCAUAUUGUGACCCCUGUGCUGCCUACCACAAAUAUCAACGAGAGUGAAGUGGACAUAGUGAUUGGUGCACUGCACUCUGACCUGAGAUUUUUUAUGAAUGAAUGGAGGCCAUUUUUCUCUCGCUUCCACUUGAUAAUUGUCAAAGAUCCUGAUCUCAAGGAGGACCUUCAAAUUCCUGAAGGCUUUGAGUUAGAUGUCUAUUCAAAGUCUGAUAUUGAGCGAGUUGUGGGUUCCUCCACUGCUGGCCUGUUCUCUGGCUACUCUUGCAGGUAUUUUGGUUAUCUAGUUUCACGAAGGAAGUAUAUUGUAUGUGUUGAUGAUGAUUGCAUUCCAGCAAGGGACAAUAUGGGAAAUGUGGUAGAUGCUGUGACCGAGCAUCUAUUUAACCUCAAGACCCCUGCGACCCCUUUCUUCUUUAAUACACUCUAUGAUCCUUUCCGUAAGGGUGCAGAUUUUGUUCGUGGUUAUCCAUUUAGCUUGCGGAGUGGGGUUGAUUGUGUCCUGUCAUGUGGCGUGUGGCUCAAUCAGGCAGACUUUGAUGCACCAACACAAGCACUCAAGCCAGGAGUGAGGAACUUGCGAUAUGUCGAUGCAGUUAUGACUGUUCCUGUGAGAACUAUGAUGCCUGUUAGCGGAAUCAACAUUGCUUUUAACCGUGAAGUAGUUGGCCCUGCAUUAGUACCUGCCUUGAAGUUGACCGAGGAAGGAAAGUUGAGGUGGGAAACAAUUGAAGAUAUAUGGUCUGGAAUGUGUGUAAAAGUGAUAUGUGAUCAUUUAGGUCUGGGUGUGAAAACAGGGCUGCCCUAUGUUUAUAGAACGCAAAGAGGGAGUGCCAUAGAGAGCCUCAAGAAAGAGUGGCAAGGGGUGAAACUGAUGGAGGACAUCGUUCCUUUCUUUCAGUCAUUGAGGUUGCCACAGUCGGCUAGUACACCAGAGGCUUGUGUGGCGGAGAUGGCGAAGAUAGUGAAGGAGAAACUGGGUCAGGUAGAUCCUCUGUUUUUGCGUUCCGCCCAAGCCAUGGAAGACUGGGUCAAGCUUUGGAGGUCAGUUGGUUCCUCAACCGGCUGAGGCUUGUGAUAUUUGUGUGUGUGUGUGUCUAUGUAAAACCGAUUUAUAUAUGCUUUGUUUCUGGUUUGUAGCCCGCUGAGACUUUUGAGCUGAUAAAAAUACUGUUUGAUUGAAGUAGAACAAGAUUGAUCGUAUUUAUUUGUUUGUCGGGCAUUUAAUGUAUUUUUUCCUAUAUUUGUUAAUUGGAGUCUGAUAUUUUAGUUUUUAAA